UUAGGUAAACAGCAUGAAAGAUAAAGAGGAGAAUUUAAAGGCAAUAAAAACCAAGAAAAAAUCGGUGUCAUUGGGAACAAAUUCAACAUCAAACAUUGUUCAUAAAGGAGUACACCAACCAAGAUAUCCUAAAAGAAAAGCUGGAGACAAAAACUACAAAGACCUAGAGGUGCCAGAUGAUGAUGCCUUUUUGUAUUGUGAUGAGUGUAACAUGGAGUAUGCAGGAGACUGUCCAGUACAUGGUCCUCUCAAUAUCAUACAAGAUGUGCAGGUUCCAGCUGAUGGUUCAGAUCCAGAGAGAGCAAGGAAAACCCUGCCUCCUUAUUUCAACAUUUAUACGUCACAAAUUCCUGAUGCAGGUCUUGGAGUUUGGGUCAUCAGACCACUUAAAAAUAGAACCAGGUUUGGACCUUACGAGGGAGAAAUUUCUACAGACACAGCCAAGGCACACGAGUCUGGCUACAGUUGGCAGGUAUACAAAGAAGGUCAACCCAGUCAUUUUGUAGAUGCUCAGGAUCCCUCCAAAGCCAACUGGAUGCGUUAUGUGAACUGUGCAAGAACUGAGAGAGAACAAAAUCUUGUGGCAUUCCAGUAUCAUGGUCAGAUAUAUUAUAAAACUAUCAAACCUAUACCUGAAGGCAGUGAACUUCUGGUGUGGUAUGGGGAUGCGUAUGCCAUGGAACUGGGAAUAGAUAAAACCAAGCCAGAAAGCAACCUGGAUCUGCUCAGGAAGUUAAAUGUUGAGGUUUAUGAAUGUGACAUAUGUGGAAAGCUGUUUGCUGAUGAUGAAUAUUUGGUAAAACACCAGAAACACCAUCCAGACAUGACUGGGACGUUUUUUGAUUAUUGUGUGGUAAACAGUGGUAAACGGUGUAGUGUGGCUGGUGACUUGAAGAGACACAUGAGAAUCCACACUGGAGAGAAACCUUACAAAUGUCAAUUCUGUGAUAAGAGGUUUAACAGAGAUUUCAUACUGAAGAGACACAUGAGAAUUCACACUGGAGAAAAACCUCACACAUGUCAAUUCUGUGAUAAGAGGUUUAAUGAUCUUUCCAGUCAGAAGAAACACAUUAGAAUUAACACUGGAGAAAAACCUUACAAAUGUGAAUUCUGUGAUAAGAGGUUUAAUCAGCAUAUUGGUCUGAAAAGACACUUGAGUGUCCACACUGGAGAAAAACCUUACAAAUGUAACUUUAAUUGUGAUAUGCAGAAACAUAUAAGAAAAGUUCAUCCUGAAGAUGCAUGUUGA